UGCCACACAGCGCCUUCCCGGCCGGCUCCAGGGCGGGCCGGGUCCCAGUGCAGCCGCCCUGCAGGCCUCCCCUCCGCCCUUCAUGUCCUGAAAGCAUUCGACUGGAGGUGCGGGCGGUGCCCUCCCCACGGCAGCUUGCGGGUGUCAGGCCUUCAAGUUGGAGACCCCUAAGGACGACCGCUCCCACUGGCCCUGCCGACCCUGUGCCUCGGACGGCUGUUCUCAGUGAAGGACCUUGCACUCGCUACUGAGUAGCGACCAUGGGCCUGCUCGCCUUCCUGAAGACCCAGUUUGUCGUGCACCUCCUCAUCGGCUUCGUCUUCGUGGUGAGCGGGCUGAUCAUCAACUUCAUCCAGCUAUGCACACUCGUCCUCUGGCCCGUGAACAAGCAGCUUUACCGCCGGCUCAACUGCCGCCUGGCCUACUCCCUCUGGAGCCAGCUGGUCAUGCUCCUGGAGUGGUGGUCCCGCACGGAGUGCACGCUGUUCACCGACCAGGCCACGGUGCGCCGCCUGGGGAAGGAGCACGCGGUCAUCAUCCUCAAUCACAACUUCGAGAUCGACUUCCUGUGCGGCUGGACCAUGUGUGAGCGGUUUGGCGUGCUGGGGAGCUCCAAGGUGCUGGCCAAGAGGGAGCUGCUGUGCGUGCCGGUCAUCGGCUGGACGUGGUACUUCCUGGAGAUCGUGUUCUGCAGGCGCCGGUGGGAGGAGGACCGCGACACGGUGGUGCGGGGGCUGCAGCGCCUGGCCGACUACCCCGAGUACAUGUGGUUUCUCCUGUACUGUGAGGGGACACGCUUCACGGAGCAGAAGCACCGCGUCAGCAUGGAGGUGGCCGUCUCCAAGGGGCUGCCGGUCCUCAAGUACCACCUGCUCCCUCGGACCAAGGGCUUCACCACCGCGGUCCAGUGCCUGCGUGGGACAGUUGCAGCCGUCUACGAUGUCACUCUGAACUUCCGGGGGAACAAGAACCCAUCCUUGCUGGGGAUCCUGUACGGGAAGAAGUACGAGGCGGACAUGUGUGUGAGGAGGUUUCCUCUGGAAGAGAUCCCGCUGGAUGAAAAGGAAGCGGCUCAGUGGCUCCAUAAACUGUACCAGGAGAAGGACGCGCUGCAGGAGAUGUACAGCCAGGAGGGCGUGUUUCCGGGCCAGCAGUUCCAGCCGGCCCGGCGGCCGUGGACGCUCCUGAACUUCCUCUUCUGGGCCACGGUUCUCCUGUCCCCUCUGCUCAGCUUCGCCGUGGGCGUCUUUGCCAGCGGCUCCCCGCUCUCGAUCCUGACCUUCCUGGGCUUCGUCGGGGCAGCUUCUUUCGGAGUCCGCCGGCUCAUAGGAGUAACUGAAAUAGAAAAAGGCUCCAGCUACGGAAACCAAGAAUUUAAGAAAAAGGAAUAAUUAAUGGCUGUGAUUGACACACGUAACCUGAUGGUGGUAUCCGAUUAACUCGAUUAAAAACAGAACAACACACAGAGCGGAAAAAAAGACACUUAGAAACUAUUUUUCUUAUUAACUGGUGACUAAUAUUAACCAAUAAACUUGAGCCAAGAGUAAAGAGAUCGAAGGCCUGGCCUGCCAGCUGGAGCCGGCCACAGCGCACCCGCGGGCCCCAGGCACGGAGGGCCGCGUCUGCUGGGGGGGCGGCCCCCGGGGUGCCAGGUGUCACCCGACGCCGUCUCCCCAGGCCUCUGCGGCCACAGAGAGCCUCUGAUGCGCUCUCUCCUGGCACCGUUAAACUUAGGUCCCGUUUUUGUUUUCUGUCUGCGGUUUUGGGAACUCGCCUGAGCCCCGAGCCCCUUCCCUGCGUCCCCAGCAAACUCCCUUCACGGCUCUUUCCCAGUCCUUCCGGGAACGGAUGUCACAGGUCCCUGGCCCCCAAGGUGGCCCGCGCCUUCGCUUCCUGAGGGUGGAGGUAGGGACCCCGUGGAGUAAACUCUCUUGGUGAAAAGCACACACUGGGGUGUCACAGGAGUCUGGAGCCCUGCGCGGCUGGCUGCAGGCAAACGCCCCACCCCGUGUCCCACCCGACCCGGGGCGUAAAUACCUGAGGACGCGGUGACCGUAGAGUCCUCCCCAUGCCCACAGCUCCCUGCACAGUCCUUUCUCCCUGGGCCGUCGACCUGCUGGGAGCUGGGGAGGCCACGCUGGGCUGGGGCCCUCUCUGCUAGCCGCCGGGAGUAUGCGGAGAGAGACCUCUGCCUGACUCCCCCAGAACGCCUGGAAGGUCCCUAAAAAGCAAUGUCACCGCCAAACCUUUGUUUUCUAAAGGUGGUUGGAUCCUGUUGGCUCAGAGCUCGUUGGCUUGUAGAGACUUUAUUUUUAGGGUUGAUCUGCUGAUGGCUCUCAGCUCCCUGAAGGAAAGGAGGUGGUGAGCUGCCCUUCUCCCGGCCCCCCCUUCCCCUGAGCGGCACAUGCGUCCCGGGGGAGGGCCUGCCGCUCCGCCUGCCCGGGCCCAGCGGGCAGCCAGCUCCUCCUCCGCUCCUCCGAGGAUCCCGACAGCCUGUCCUUAGGUCCUGGCAGCGUCCCUUUGGGCCACAGCCCUAGCGGGAGGCGUUUAUGUGCAGGCGGAGGCGUGUUCAGUGCACCAUGGGUGUCCCGGCUGGACGCUGUGGGGACAGGAGGACUGGGGACGGAGGCCACCCCCCAAUCCCCGCAGGGCUCAGCUGAAUCAUUUCACUGUGAAGCCCCCUGCAUCAGACUUUCUUCUCAGACUUUGGUUUUUUAGUCACAUUGCCCUCAUCUUUCCUAGCAAGGGGAAGGGAAGUCGUAGGUGUUCUGCCCGCUGCACUGAAACCAGCAUUCUGGACAGAGGCAGGUUAAGUUUCCCAGGAAAGCCAAUGGUGGAAAGAGGCGUGGGAAAAAUUAUAAACUCAUUGGAAAAAUAAUUACGCGUUGGCCCUAAGUAUGUAUUUUGGGAAGAUUUUUUGGGACGACAUAAAUUCUUUGUAACGAUGACA